AUGGAUUUCAGUCACAACAAGUUAUCAGGGCCAAUCACACCUGAUAUCAGUCAAUGCAAGCUGUUGACGUUCGUGGAUCUGAGUCGAAACCAACUCUCCGGUGAAAUUCCGAAUGAGAUUACAACAAUCAGGAUCUUGAACUACCUGAAUGUAUCGAGAAACAAUCUCAUCGGUAGCAUUCCUCCACCCAUUCCCACUAUGCAGAGCUUAACAUCUGUUGAUUUCUCUUACAACAAUCUCUCUGGUUUAGUCCCUGGUACUGGCUAG